GGACAUUUUCCCAGAAAGUUAAAGGAUCUGGAAAAUCAAUAUUUGAAUAUUAAAAUUCAGGUUUUGCAACGACCAGAAUAUAUUUUCAGCACAGACGUGACAGAGACAGACAGCAGAGCAGACCUGAAGACAGACGAACAACAAUGCAGUGGAGUCUGUUUCUGCUCCUCCUGAUGGGUUCAUGUCCCUUCUUUGCAUGUCAAAAUUAUGAAUACCACUAUAUAGAUCAGAACAUGACCUGGGAUGAAGCCCAGAGGUUCUGUAGAGAGAAUUACACAGACCUGGCUAUGGUGUAUGACACGACGGACAUGGAAAGACUCCGUAACUCCAAAGGAACUCAAGGCCCGUCCAUAAAUCAAGAGGAAGCCUGGAUCGGACUUUACUCUGAACCAGGCAUAGAAAAUAUGACAUGGCACUGGUCUCUGCCUGGAACAGAGUAUGAUGGCAUUAAAUGUGGAACAGAACAACCAGAUAAAGGAUAUCAGUUCUGUCAGGUGAUAAAAAACAAUAAUGAAUGGAAAAAUGUUACCUCUAAUAAUACCUGCAGAUUUAUCUGUUAUAAAGGGAGUAAUCAACCUGAUACAUAUUACUUCAGUAGAGAAACAAAGACUUGGCCAGAGGCUCAAAAAUACUGCAGAGAGAAUUUCAAAGACCUGGUCAGUGGAUUCAGUCUAUUUAAUGACAGCAGCCUUACAGGUGGGAUUAACUCCAUACUCCAGAAUCUUUUUCCCAACCAGUGUUGUUUCAUCGGCCUGUUUAGAGACAACUGGAAAUGGUCCAGUGGAAGCAGCUUCUCUUUCAGAUACUGGGACACCAACUAUGUGUACAAUGAUCCAAAUGCCCAGAAAUGUGCUGUGACUGCAUUGAAGGAGGACGGGAGAUGGAAGAAGUCUGACUGUAGUGAGAAGAAACCUUUUUUCUGCUAUGAUGAUAAAAUGAUCCUGAUCAAAGAAAAGAAGACAUGGAAGGAGGCCUUAGAUUACUGCAGAGAGAAUCACAUGGACCUGGUCUCCAUCACUAACCAUCACCAGCAGAAUAUGGUCCAGAAACGAGCACAAAACGCCUCGACUAGUUUUGUUUGGCUUGGACUGCUCUACCGCUGCCCUCUGGAUAUGUGGUUCUGGGUCAGCGACCAGGUGGUUUGCUAUGACAACUGGAAUUCAUAUGCAAAGAAUGACAACUGUGGCUAUGCUGGAGCCAUGGACAGAGACGGUGGAAAUAAGUGGUACAGUGAGCCAGAAAAUAAUAUGUAUAAUUUCAUCUGUGCUGCGAAGUUCUGAAAUGAACAUUUACUCAUUCAUACACUGUACUGACUUCAUCUCAUUAGAGUGAACUUGCCAAAUAUUGUAUACUCAAUUUUCCUAAAGGCAACGAGCUUCCAGCCUGUUUACAUGAAAGAUUAGGUCCUGAUGUAAUGAAGCAACACCAAAGUUCUUUCUUAAAAAAGACAUCCAGAUGCCCGUAUGCCCGAUGGCCAAUUCAUUUAUUAGCUUUUACUUACUUUGAUUCUUUAUGUACGUGCAUGGUGACGUCACAUCCUGUUUUCUAAACAGUCAGUGUUGAACACAGCAGUGCAAAUAAAAAGCUCCAUUUUGGCUUCACAGCGAGAGAAGUUUGUGUACGAUGUCUCUCCGAUCAUCGGUACGUCAGGGAUAGAGGAUGGAGGAAGUCAGUAAAUAACAAAAACUCUAUAAAUGCCACAAUAAUUACUUACUGUAUGAUUGUAAACACCUACAUAUUAAAAUAUUAAAUUAGCCAUCAGUCUAAACUAAUGAGAAUGAUUUAUGUUAUUAUAAUUUAUCUAUAGAAUAGAAAAACUUUAUUAAUCCCUUUGGAGAGUCCUCAGGGAAAUUUGGGUAAUCUAGUUUAUUAGUUUUAUGUAGUUUUAAAGUCUAGUUUAUCCAUUAAAUUGUUUUAGCUGUACUUUUAUUUUUUAAAAACCUACAAUGGCUGUUUUACUGAAUUUUCAAUGAGACGCAAACAUCCUUGUCGACUAAUCUGGCCUGUUGAGUUGAUGUGAGCUGAUCUCAGGGUAGAGUGUAGGGUAGGGUAAUAGUAGUAAUUAGUUCAAAACUAUAUUUAAUAGUGUUCAACACGAUGCAUUGGUCAUUAGAAUGAGAGGAUCUCCUGUAGUUUGAAUAUGACCACAAAAACCUGAACCUAGCAGACAGAUAAAAAUCACUUUCCCAAAAUUUAGCAUCGGAGCUACAACAGCUCCACAUUUUCUAAAGAGUGGUUAGUACCUGAUAGUACCUGAUAGUACCUGAUAGUACCUGAUAGUACCUGAUAGUACCUGAUAGUACCUGCCUGCAGCAUUUAGGGACUCCCAAGACUGAUGUCUGUGUCACCUUGUAUCACCUUCCUUUUCCUCCUCUUCCUCAUCAUAAUUUAAUUACAUGUUGUUUGACUCUUGGAUGUUUAGGGAGGUUUGUGGUGUUGCUGCAGUAAUGCUACACACACACACACAUCAUCAUCUUUGCUGUUCAGCUUCACACGUGAUGCUACGGACUGAGCGAGUGAUCAACACGCUGCUGUGCCGCUAUGCUGCGACUUAUUUCACAUAUGACUAGCAGGCAGAAUAAAAACUGGUUCCUACCAGCUGGGUAUGAUUUAGACAAGAUCCUGAUAACAUAGUUACUUUCCACUUUAUUCUAAUUCCUGAUCAACUAUUUACCCCAAAUUACUAAAAUAUUGAUCUUAACAUGAAAAUCGAUUAAAAGCUGAUAUCAGAGGUAUCGAUAUUUCAGUAUAGAUCUGCACAUCACUAAAGGAAACUCAGAAAACAAAUCAAUCUACAAGUUUUGUUAAUCUUUAUUAGAUUAAAUAAUUUGAAUAGAUUUAAAUUGAUUAAUUGAUUUAUUUAACCCAGCUCUAAGGAAGGAACGCUCCUUUCUAAUAAUAUGUAGGAGUUGAUGACAUGAGUGUUAAGGAGGAAAUUGUAAUACAAGAAAAGCUGAAGUUUAACUCCUAAAAGGUGUUAAAUUUUCUCUCUACUUUCACAUGGACACUUAAAUUCACAGAGAAUCUAAACUGAAAGUCAGAAUUUGAAGUGAUGACGGUGUCUUUCAUCUUAUUUAUUUAAAUGAAUGUCUAAACAUGAGAAUGGGCGUGGUAUUAUAAGAUCAAGUAGCAUCAUGGUUAAGGAAGCUGUUCAACACAAUAUGUAAAGUAACCCGUGUUGUCCUGGUACAGUGACCGUAGCCCUUUGCUCUGUAAUGUUUCCUCUUUUAUUUUACAUUUUAGUUAGAGACAGAUUAUCUCAACUGUUGCCUUUUAUCGUAAACCGACUGUUUUGUCUGCAGUUAAGCCUCUAUAUAUACACCUGUAUAAUCAGCAGCACCCACUGACUUCAUUUUCAUUUCAUUCAUUUAGAAUUUCACUGCUUACAAAAGAAAGGAUGUAACUCUGUGAAAUAUUUCUGUUUCCUCUAAUGUAUCCAAGUGUGUUUAUUGUGUUACAGAUUACUGUGUGUAGAGUUUAGCACAAAGUGAAACUAUGUAGUUUGCUAAUCCGGGUUGAGGUUUUACUUCUUCAGAUUAAAGUUUUUACUAACUGUUACUUAUUUUUAUUAAUGUUCAACUUAUUUAAGAAAAAAAUUAAAAAAAGGAAUAGUAAUUACAAUAAACUCUUUUAAUUUAUGUACACACACAUUGUACUGUGUUUCAAACAGUUUGUGGUCCUUUUUAAAUGUUUUGUUUUUAAUUUUCAUUCUUUAUUAAUCUUAUUUAAUUUUCUUUUUUAAUUUAAUUUUAAACAGAUGACCGAUUAUUUUAAUUAGAUUGAUGGAGCAUUUUAAAGUUUGCAUUAUAGUUUUGUUUAGGGUCUAUAGUGUACAUUACAGUUUCUAAUUAAUAAAAUUCUUUGU